UCAUUUCCUCUCUUUUGUUUUUCACCUUAGUUCCCUUCUCCCCUCCCUUUCUUUGUUUUUUUUGAAACCCUGGAAAGAAGAGAAUCCAAUGCUCCGAGAGAGUAAGGGAAAUGGAGAAAUUAUGACAGCAAUGUGCAGUUUCAAACAGUAAUAGAGAAGAAGAAUCCGAGGUUGGGGAAUUGAUUUCUAGGGUUCGGGAGUUUAAUUUGGGAUAAUGGAGAGAGUCUAUAAAUAGGACGAUCAAGAGAGGGUUAGAGAUAAAUUAAAGCAAGUGAUUGUAGAAACUAAAGAGUAAAGAAAGGUGCGAGUAAGCAAGUGAUUGGAGAAAACGUUUUGCGGAGAGGGCGAACACAUUUUACAGAGCAAAUUUUCUGGCUUAUUCUGCAUACCAUGGGAACCAGAGGAGUAAUUGGGGACAAGUGGUCCAUGAGAAUUCUUUGGGCUUGUGCUAUUGGAAGUGCUGUGGGCCUGUAUAUGGUUGCUGUAGAAAGGCAAACACAGAACAGGGCGAGGAUGCUGGCUGAAGAACUAAGGGCAACGGAGUCAGGGGGGAGCAAUGGCGAAGACGGCUGAACUAUGUUACGCUAUAUCUUGCGAUGAUUAUGUAGUAUCAUAAAGCAUAUGCAAAGUUUCAGAUUUUCUGGAAGGUUAUGAUUUUAAAGUUUUACGCAUCCUUUCUCCAUUUGCUAAUAGUAUCGAGAAUUUUACCUGUGGGGAAAUAAGUGGAUUUUCCUUUCAAAUGCGUAAUGGAAAGAAUUGAAAUAAGCUUUGUAACCUCAUUUUUAACAUUUUAGCAAAUUAACCAGUCAAGUUACUUUU